AUGACUGAUCAAGACACUCACCAUAAUAAAUACAGCAAUUUGCGAAGCAUCUGUAAAUACUACAUCGAUUCAUAUAAUGCGCUAUAUCAGUUAAAAACGGAAAAUGAAAAAGAUAUAAACUCGAUUUACAAAAUGAUCAAAACAGAAUUGAUUGAUUCAAAGAAAUCUCAUCCUCAAAUAAUUAUACGAGACAUUUUAAAUAUAAUUCCAUGUAAUAAUCGCUAUACAAAGUCAUAUUUAUCUCUUGCCAAACUCAUUUUUGAUGAAUAUCAUGUGGAAGAUGUCAACAAUGUUGAGGUUAUUCCAAACUUUCUGUUUUAUAAAGAAUAUGGAAUUAAAUUAGACAAAUACAAAGAUAUUUCCGGAAUGAUGAAUUCAGAUUAUCUAGAUCCUCUUUCAGAAAAUACAAUUUACAGAGCAAUUAUGUAUAAUGACAAAGAAAGAUUCAUCUCAUUCACUGAAAGAGAUGGAUUUGAUAAGAAUCAAAUGCUCUAUAGCGUUUUGUAUCCGUGUGUUACCCACAAAUAUUCAUUACUUGAAUUAUGUUGUUAUUAUGGAGCAGUUGAUUGUUUCAAGUUAUUAAGAACGAAAUUCGGCUCAGAAAUAACUGAAAUAUAUUUAAAUUUUUCAUUUUUAGGAGGAAAUCCCGAAAUCAUGAGUGAAUGCUUGAAAUAUCAAACACCAAAUAAUGACUGCAUGAAAUAUGCAAUUAUUUCACACAACAUUGAUUUUGUUACGUUCUUAAUGAAUGAGUACAAUAUAAAGAUCGAUUUUUAUUAUUGUAGAAUUUACAAUAACCUUGAUUCCCUUUUAGUUUAUUUUGAUUAA